AUGCAGAUUCAGCCCUUUGUGCUUAUCCAAGCCAUAUCAGGAGCUAUCAUUUAUCAGUAUAUAUACUAUUAUAAGAGUAAACGUGAAGCUCAGCGUAAAUCAACCGGCGACUGUAGAGCAUUAGAUUGCGCAAACUAUGAUUUGCCGCAUCAGGAUGUCGAUCAGUACAGGAUAUUUGUGGAGAAAUGUAGCGGUAGUAAAGAACUUGGAUUUCGAAAUCGUGCCGUAUUUCAUGCCCGCUUUUUGCAAGAAGCCGAAUUCAACAAACUUUUUGAGAAAGUGAGAACAACGAAUUUCGAAAUACGUAUUGAAGACACAUCAUUCAAAAGAAUUGGGAUGCCACUCCUAACACGGGCAAAACGUCCUAAAAGUAAACGCAAUCGACUAUUUGUCAUACGAUAUAAUAAUUAUUUGAAAAAAGUGAUUAUUCCUAAAUUUGCAUUCGAUGUUCAAGAAACUUUUCAUGUUGAAAUUGAUGGUAACCCGACUUUGGAUACUGAUGUCGUGGAACGUUUUAACGCGAACUGUGUGUUAGGAAUGGGAAAGAAAUGCGAUGCUUUUCUAGCCGAGCGUAAAUUGACUUCUGUUUUCUGA